AGAAGUGCAGACAUGGGAAUAUUGCAAGAAGAAGAAGAUGAAGGAUUAGGGUAUGGAAGUUCUCUGGCUGUUCCGAGCGCGCAGGAGAUAGUGCGAAACGACGCUCAAAACAUACCCGAAAGAUACAUAAAGAAGGUGGAAGACAGGCCUAGAGACUCGGAUAUAAGCACCUCUUUUUCUGAUGAUAUUCCCAUCGUAGAUCUCUCUCUGCUUGCUGCAGGCGAUGAACAUGAACGAGCCAAGUUAGACGCCGCUUCCCAGGAAUGGGGUUUCUUCCAGAUGAUAAACCAUGGGGCAGAUGAUGUGUUGAGGAAGAUGAAGGCCGCAAUGGCAGAUUUUUUCGAUCUGCCAUUAUCGGAGAAGAAGAGAUAUGGUAUGGCAGCAAAUGAUAUUGAGGGAUAUGGGCAGGGAUACGUAGUCUCUGAGGAUCAGAAGCUGGACUGGAACGACCUUCUUUUCUUGAUAACGUUGCCUGCUACGUCCAGGAGGUUCAAGUAUUGGCCUCUCACAAUACCCGCUUUCAAGGAGGCAGUUGAGGAGUAUGCAGGUGUGAUAGAGAGGGUGAGCGAUGAGAUAUUUGGCAAUCUGUCAUUGUUGAUGGGAGUGGAAAGAGGUUUUUUGAAGAAGCUACAUGGCGAUGUGAAGCAAGGCAUAAGGAUGAACUACUAUCCCAGCUGCGCUAGGCCGGAUUUAGUCCUCGGUGUGAGCCCACACUCCGACAGCAGCUCCAUCACUCUUCUGCUUCAAGACGACGACACCACCGCCCUCCAGAUCAAGCACGAGGGCGUCUGGGUGCCCGUCAACCCAAUCCCCAAUGCCUUGGUCGUCAACAUUGGUGAUGCUAUGGAGGCGUGGAGCAAUGGGCGGUACAAGAGCAUUGAGCAUAGGGCUGUUACAAAUCUGGAGAAAGCAAGGAUUUCUGCUGCAGCCUUCGUCAUUCCAGGCAACGACGUGGAGUUGAACCCGUUGGAGACGAUGGUGGAUCAUCAUCUUCAACCUAGGAUUUUCAAAGAUGGUGUUAAGUAUAUUGAGUACCUUCGUUAUACACUGGGAAAGAAAAUGGAGGGUAAAUUAGCCAACAUUGAGUAUCUCAAGCUCAAUUAGUGAAGACCUGCUGCUAUCUUACGUACGUUGUGGGAAAUUUGCCUGCUAUUUGUAUUUGACAGUUUUAUUGUGACAUGUGAAAACAUGUUGGAGUAAUCUCAAGAUUGAUUGAUGCAUCUUAACUAUUCAGCGUCACCUGCAAUAAGGGAUCAGUUGGUUGAAUAAGCUAAUAGAGUGACAGCAAGUUACAUUGUAUCAUACAAAAAUUUCUCAUUUGGUGCUUCAGUGAAGCAUUUAUAAAUUAGUGAUGUAGAUUGGGAUUUGGGACAAGGAAGAUUGGUAUAUUAUAAGGUGAUAGAAAAGAUAGAAUAGUGGAAACAAGAGUGAUAGCCAUUAUUACAAAUUAAGAUUAGAACUACUGUUUCAUUGAUAUUAUUUUCUCGAGAUGAUAUUACAAGGAAA